AUGGCACCUCCGCAGCCAGUGAAAUUGGGCUCAUCUAAAGGAGCAGAACCUUCUACAGCUUCACAUUCAAAAAAGAGAAAACCUGCCACUCCAUUCGCAGUUCAACCUAUCAGCGCAUUUUAUGUCUUCCUGGCAGCAAAUAUAUUGGCAGCUCUGUAUGCUCCUAUACAGGAUUGUGACGAGACCUUUAAUUACUGGGAGCCCACACAUUAUCUCAGUCAUAAAUAUGGAUUACAAACUUGGGAAUAUUCUCCGGAAUUCGCGAUUCGAAGUUGGCUCUAUGUCACUAUCCAUGCCCUGAUGGGGAAUUUCAGAAGGCUACUCCCAUUCCCAACGAAGGUUGGCGAAUUCUAUUUCAUUCGAUAUUGUCUCGCAUUCAUAUGCGCUCUGUGCCAGACGCAAAUGUUUCGAGUCGUUAACGGAACUUUAAACCCGCGAGUCGCCAUGUUCUUCAUGAUGGCCAAUAUCUUCAGCCCUGGAUUCUUUCAUGCCUCGGCCUCCUUUUUGCCAUCGAGCUUCGCUAUGUAUACAACUAUGCUUGGAAUGGCCGCUUUCAUGAACUGGAGAGGGGGCUUGAAGACUGCGCAGGGUAUCUUUUGGUUCGCUGUCGGUGGAAUUCUCGGCUGGCCAUUCUCCAUGGCUUUGUCUGCCCCUUUCUUAAUUGAAGAGGUAAUUUUCGCUAGCUUGAGCGAUAAAGAUGCCGUCGUUGAUACCGUAAUGCGGUUCGUCAGGGGGGUUGUUGGAGGAUUGAUUGUUUUAUUCUUUGAAUUUGUCGUUUCUGGCUUUUUCUAUCGAAAGUUAGUGAUUGUCCCUCUGAACAUUGUUCUUUAUAAUAUCUUCAGUGGCGAGGGAAGAGGUCCUGAGAUCUAUGGUACUGAGCCAUGGCAUUUUUACAUUCGUAAUUUGAUUCUCAACUUCAAUAUCUGGUUUGUGCUUGCAAUUUCAGCUCUCCCGCUUUUCAUACUUCAGAAACUAUUUGGGUCACGAGAAGGCGGCACCACAACAGCCCUUCGUAGCGUUGUUUUCAUGGCACCAUUUUACAUUUGGCUUGCAAUAUUCAGCUUCCAGCCACAUAAGGAAGAACGAUUCAUGUAUCCAGCCUACCCAUGCCUUGCACUGAAUGCGGCCAUGUCACUUCACAUCCUCUUGGCGGCUUUCGGUCAUUCGGAUCCUAAAACUUUAGUCGGUAAGAUUCCAGCUAAAUUGAAGCUAUUGUUUGUGAGCUUCUUCAUCAUCGGAUCUGUGGAUAUUGGCGUAGCAAGAAUUUAUGGGAUCUAUACAGCGUACUCGGCCCCCUUAAAGAUAUAUAGUCCUCUCCAAAAUGGUACGCUUGGGGCACGAGGGGAUUCCGUCUGCUUUGCCAAAGAGUGGUACAGAUUUCCCAGCUCUUAUCAUUUGCCAAACGGCAUGAAAGCAAAAUUUGUAAAGAGCGAAUUCGAUGGUCUCCUCCCCGGUGAGUUUUCCGAAGCUAGUACGGGAUUCGGAAUGUGGCCUACAUGGCUCAUCCCGUCGGGUAUGAAUGACCGAAACAUCGAAGACAUGAGCAAAUAUGUUGACCUCAAGUCCUGUAACUUUCUGGUCGAUACCUACUAUCCUGGCUCUGUAGCCUCCGAGCUUAAGCCUCACUACAUCACGGACUCCGAGAACUGGGAGCCCGUAAAAUGUGAACCAUUCCUCGAUUCAUCUAAAACUCACAUCCUGGCACGAACCAUAUGGUUACCAGAUUUACCGUUUAUUCCAGAGAGAUUCCGCAGAAACUGGGGAAGUCACUGCUUAUUAAAACGUGCACCAAAGAAGGCAGUUGCUAGCUCUGUAUAA